GUGUACGGCACGGCGUGGAAGAAGGAGCGCACCGCAGACCUGGUGUAUACAGCGCUUAAAGCGGGGUUCCGGGGCAUUGACACCGCCUGCCAGCCAAAGCACUACCGCGAGGACCUCGUCGGCGUCGGCCUGCAGCGCGCGCUCGCCGACGGCCUCGUGACGCGCGACGAGCUCUACCUCCAAACGAAAUAUACGAGCAUCGACGGGCAAGACCGCGCGCAAGCGCUGCCGUACGACCUGCGCGCCCCCGUCGGCGAGCAAGUGGCGCAGAGCGUCGCGCGCAGCCUGCAGAACUGGGGCGUGGAUGCGCUCGACGCGGUUGUGCUGCACUCCCCGCUGCGUACGCGCGCCGCCACGCUCGAGGCGUACCGCGCGCUCGAGGCGUGUGUGGGCGAAGGCAAGAUCGGACGGCUCGGCGUCUCGAACAUUUACGAUGCGGACGAGCUUGCAUGGCUCAUCGCGCAGGCGCAGGUGCCCGUCAGCGUCGUCCAGAACCGCUGGUACGAGGGAAACGGGUGGGACUGGCCCAUCUAUGAUUUGUGCCAGAAGCACGGGAUUGCGUACCAGUCAUUUUGGACGCUUACGGGGAGCCCGAGCCUCCUCGCGUCCGCCCCGCUGCGGGCGCUUGCGAGCAGAAAGGGGUGCACGCCUGAGCAGGCCGUGUAUCGGCUGUGCCAAUUGUGGAAUAUUACGCCACUGUGUGGGAGCACCAACGAGACGCAUAUGAAGGAGGCACUGGCCGUUGAGAGCCUGUUUGGACACGACGAGCCCGAGGUCACGGCACUGUGGAAGGCGAUGCGGGGG